GUGCGCAUGAAGAGUCGAUGAUCCGCUCGGCCAAGUCGGCUUUGUGUUCUCUCAGCCGCAGCCGCAGCAGCCGCAGCAGCCAAUGGACGGCCGGGGAGCGGAGUGAGGCGAGCCCGGAGCGCUGAUUUCGCGUGUCACGCACACGGUGUCGUCUGCUGGCAGGCGGGAGCCGCUCUCUCUCUCUCUCGCUCGCUCGCUCGCUCAUUUGAACCCGCUAGGUGUUUUCUCAGCCUGGGAGGGAGAAGGUUGACGUCGCCUGCGAAGUUGCAGCUCCGACUCUCCAUCUGCUUCCCUUCCCCUGCGCGCCGACGAUGGUUGAGUCCAGCAGCUCCUUCUACUGGUAGCGCCGCCGCCUGAGCGGCUCGCCUCUGCUGCCUUUUUUUUUUUUUUUUUUUUUUUUUCUCGCCGCUCCCGUUCCCCCGAACACAGUGCGUGUGUGUCGCUCGCCGGAUGAAGACCGCCUCUGCCUCUGCCUCCCCGCUCCGCUCCGCGCUGCCUUGCCGGAUCUCCGCAGUGGCGCUCGCCGAUGCUAUGAGAGCUGAUCGAGGCGAUUCCCUGCAGCACAGGCGUCACGUCCCUUUGCCGAAGCGGGAGCUGCUGGAUGGGCUUUUGUGAUCUCUGACAACCGAAGGAGGACGCGGGCAACGGAAAGAAAAGAGAAAAUCCAAAUCACAGCGGCCGUGUGGAAUAGCAGCAAUAGACAUGACUGCGCGGAGGAGACUCGGGGCUCCGCUGCUUCUCCUCGCAGGACUCGUCAUUGCAGCGAACGGUCAGACGUGUGGAGGUUUGGUGCAAGGACUCAAUGGCACCAUCGAGAGCCCGGGAUUUCCACAUGGCUACCCCAACUAUGCCAACUGUACCUGGAUCAUCGUGACAGGAGAGCGCAACAGGAUACAGCUGUCCUUCCACACCUUUGCCCUUGAGGAGGACUUCGACAUUGUCUCGGUGUACGACGGGCAGCCGCAGCAGGGCAACCUAAAGCUGAGGCUGUCCGGAUUCCUGCUGCCACCUCCCAUCAUCAGCACGGGCUCCAUCCUGGCACUGUGGUUCACCACGGACUUCGCCGUCAGCGCCCAGGGCUUCAAGGCCAUCUAUGAAGUUCUGUCCAAUCACACCUGUGGCAAUCCGGGCAUCAUCCCCAACGGCGGAGUCCACGGCUCGAGAUUCAGCAUCGGAGAUAAGAUCCGCUACAGCUGCAACCCCGGCUACGUCCUGGAGGGGCACACGGUGCUGACCUGCAUCGAGAGUCCGGGGAGCGGAGCAUCAUGGGACUUCCCAGCGCCAUUCUGUCGAGCUGAAGGAGCCUGUGGUGGCACUUUAAGGGGCACCUCAGGUGUCAUUGGCAGCCCGCACUUCCCUUCUGAAUACGACAACGAUGCCGACUGCACUUGGAGCAUCCUGGCCGAGGCUGGAGACACCAUCGCCUUGGUGUUCACAGACUUCCAGCUGGAGGAUGGCUACGACUUCCUCGAGAUCAGCGGGACCGAAGCUCCAUCCACGUGGCUGACUGGCACAAAUCUUCCAUCCCCGGUGAUCAGCAGCAAGAAUUGGCUCCGGCUGCACUUCACCUCGGACAGCAACCACCGGCGGAAAGGAUUCAAUGCCCAGUACCAAGUGAAAAAGGCCAUCGAGCUCAAGUCCCGAGGGGUCAAGAUGCUCCCGAAUAAGGACAGCAACCACAAGAGCAGCGUCUUGAGCCAAGCAGGAGUCGGUGUGGCAUCAGAUGUGUGUCCAGAUCCUGGGAUUCCAGAAAAUGGCAAGCGCUUGGGCUCUGAUUUCCAGGUCGGUGCCACCGUGCAGUUCUCGUGUGACGACAGCUACGUCCUCCAGGGCUCCAAGAGCAUCACCUGCCAGAGAGUGACCGACACGCUGACGGCAUGGAGUGACCACCGGCCGGUGUGCCGCGCAAGGACAUGUGGGUCAAACCUAAGAGGGCCGAAGGGUGCCAUCACGUCCCCAAACUUCCCGGUCCAGUAUGAGAACAACGCGCACUGCGUCUGGGUCAUCACCGCCGCGGACCCUCAUAAGGUCAUCAAGCUGGCCUUUGAGGAGUUUGAUCUCGAGCGAGGGUACGACACGCUGACGGUGGGAGAUGGAGGGAAGAUCGGCGAUGCCCGGACGGUGCUGUAUGUACUGACGGGCUCAAGUGUGCCCGACCUGAUCGUCAGCAUGAGCAACCAGAUGUGGCUUCACCUGCAGUCGGACGACAGCAUCGGCUCUCAGGGCUUCAAGGCGCUAUAUGAAGAGAUCGAGCGCGGCGGCUGUGGAGACCCCGGAGUGCCCGCCUAUGGCAAACGCACAGGCAACAGUUUUCUACACGGAGACGUCCUGACAUUUGAGUGCCAGGCUGCUUUUGAGGUGGUGGGAGAAAAGUCGAUCACAUGCCAGCAGAACAACCAGUGGUCCGGAAACAAGCCCAGCUGUGUCUUUUCCUGUUUCUUCAACUUCACGGCGUCGUCGGGGAUCAUCCUGUCACCCAACUACCCGGAGGAGUACGGGAACAACAUGAACUGCGUGUGGCUCAUCAUCGCCGAGCCCGGCAGCAGGAUUCACCUCAUAUUCAGCGACUUUGACGUGGAGCCGCAGUUUGACUACCUAACGGUCAAAGACGACGGUGCUUCAGAGGCCACCACGUUUGGGACAUUUUCGGGCAAAGACGUCCCCUCGCAGCUGGCAAGCAACGGCCACAUCGUGCGCCUGGAGUUCCAGUCUGACCACUCGAACACGGGAAGAGGAUUCAACAUCACCUACACGACCUUUGGUCAAAACGAAUGCCACGACCCCGGCAUUCCUAUCAACGGACAACGCUUCGGGGACCGCUUCCUGCUGGGGAACUCCGUCUCCUUUUAUUGCGACGAGGGCUUCAUCAAGACGCAAGGCUCGGAGACGAUCACGUGCAUCAUGCAGGACGGCAACGUGGUGUGGAACUCGGCGGUCCCCAGAUGUGAAGCCCCCUGCGGAGGUCACCUGACAGCACCGAGCGGCGUGAUCCUGUCCCCUGGAUGGCCGGGCUUCUAUAAGGACUCGCUGAGCUGUGAGUGGGUCAUCGAGGCCACCCAGGCCCACGCCAUCAAGAUCUCCUUCGACAGGUUCCAGACGGAGGUGAACUACGACACACUGGAGAUCCGAGACGGGCCGGUGAACUCGUCCCCGCUGAUUGGCGAGUACCAUGGCACUCAGGCGCCCCACUUCCUGGUCAGCACCAGUAAUGCCCUGUACCUUCUCUUCACCACCGACAACAGCCGUGCCAGCGUGGGCUUCCAGAUCCACUACGAGAGUGUCCGCCUGGAGUCCGAUUCCUGCUUGGACCCUGGCAUUCCAGUCAAUGGCAAGAGGCACGGGGACAACUUUGCCAUCGGAUCCCGAGUGACGUUUAGCUGCAGUAAAGGGUACACGCUGAGUGAUGAAGAGCCCAUCGUCUGUGAGGACAACCACCAGUGGAGCCACGCGUUACCCAGCUGUGAUGCUCUGUGUGGUGGGUACAUCUAUGGCAGGAGUGGCACGGUCCUCUCUCCCGGCUUCCCCGACUAUUACCCCAACUCUCUGAACUGCACUUGGGUCAUUGAAGUGUCUCACGGGAAAGGCGUCCAGCUGUUGUUCCACACUUUCCACCUCGAGGAUUCACAUGACUAUCUGCUCAUCGCAGAGGAUGGCAGCUUUGUGGACCCCGUGGCCAGGCUCACUGGCUCUGUGCUGCCACCCUCUAUCAAAGCGGGCCUCUUUGGAAACUUCAGUGCCCAGCUGAGAUUUAUUUCCGACUUCUCCAUGUCUUACGAGGGCUUCAACAUCACCUUCUUAGAGUAUGACCUGGAGCCGUGUGAUGACCCCGGAGUGCCCGCUUUCAGUAGGCGCAUUGGCUUUCAGUUUGGCGUCGGAGAUUCUUUAAUCUUUUCUUGCUUUCCGGGCUUUAGACUGGAAGGCACCAACAGGAUGACGUGUUUAGGAGGCGGCCGGCGUGUGUGGAGUGCACCUCUGCCAAGGUGUGUGGCUGAGUGUGGUGAGGCGGCCGUAGGACACGAGGGGAUUCUGCUGUCCCCCAACUACCCCUCCGACUACGACAACAACCACGAGUGUAUCUACAAAAUCGAAACGGAAAAAGGGAAAGGGAUCAGCCUGACCGCCACCAGCUUCCACUUGGAAGAGGGAGACGUCCUCAAGGUUUACGACGGAGAGGACGGCUCAUCUCGACUCCUCGGCGUCUUCACCAAAAACGAAAUGCACGGCGUGAUUGUGAACAGCACCUCCAACCACCUGUGGCUGGAAUUCAACACCAACGGGACGGGCACGCGCCAGGGCUUCAGGCUGAUGUACACAAGCUUCGAUCUCAUCAAGUGCCAGGAGCCCGGAGUGCCAACCUACGGCUACAAAAUCCAAGACGAAGGACACUUCGCCAACACGUUUGUCUUGUACAGCUGCAACCCGGGCUACACCAUGCAUGGCAGUGGCACACUGACCUGCCUCAGCGGAGACCGAAGAGUCUGGGACCGGGCACUGCCAUCCUGUGUGGCGGAGUGUGGAGGGCACCUCCAUGCUGCCACAUCUGGCAGAAUCCUGUCCCCUGGCUACCCGGCUCCGUAUGACAACAACCUUCACUGCGUUUGGACCAUUGAAGCUGAUCCUGGCAAGACCAUCAGCCUGCACUUCAUCGUCUUCGACACGGAGGUCGCUCACGACAUCCUGAAGGUGUGGGACGGCCCGAUGGAGAGCAACAUCCUGCUGCGGGAGUGGAGCGGCUCGGCGCUGCCCGAGGACACCCACAGCACCUACAACUCCCUGACGCUGCAGUUCGACAGCGACUACUUCAUCAGCAAGUCGGGCUUCUCCGUGCAGUUCUCAACGACUACGGCCACCACAUGCAACGAUCCUGGCACUCCUCAGAACGGGACCCGGUACGGUGACAGUCGCGAGCCUGGGGACACAGUGACGUUUCAGUGCGAUCCCGGCUACCAGAUUGAAGGUGUCGCCAAAAUCACCUGCGUGCUCAUCAACAGCAGAUUCUUUUGGCAACCUGAUCCACCAACGUGCAUCGCUACCUGUGGAGGGAACCUGACGGGCCCGGCGGGGGUGAUCUUAUCUCCCAACUACCCGCAGCCAUACCCCCCGGGCAAGGAGUGUGACUGGCGGAUCCGGGUGAACCCCGACUUUGUCAUCGCCUUGAUAUUCAAAAGCUUCAACAUGGAGCCCAGCUAUGACUUCCUGCACAUUUAUGAAGGGGACGACUCCAACAGCCCCCUCGUUGGCAGCUUUCAGGGCACCCAGGCCCCCGACAGGAUCGAGAGCAGCAGCAACAGCCUCUUCAUGGCGUUUCGCAGCGACGCGUCUCUGGGGAUGUCAGGAUUUGCCAUCGAGUACAAAGAAAAGCCACGUGAGGCCUGCUUCGACCCGGGCAGCAUCAUGAAUGGAAGUCGCAUUGGCACAGACUUCAAGCUGGGCUCCACGGUCACCUACCACUGUGACUCUGGGUACAAGAGCGUUGGGCUGGCCACAUUGGCGUGCAUCAUCGGAGGGGACGGGAAACCCAUCUGGGAUAAGGCUCUGCCAUCGUGCCAUGCGCCUUGUGGAGGUCAGUACACCACUCCGGACGGGGUGGUCCUGUCCCCGAAUUAUCCACACAACUACACCGCCGGGCAGACCUGCAUCUACUCCAUCAGCGUCUCCAAGGAAUUUGUGGUCUUUGGACAGUUUGCCUAUUUUCAGACUGCGCUCAAUGAUGUCGUGGAGCUGUUUGAUGGAGCGAAUCAAAACUCGAGGCUUCUCAGCUCACUGGCGGGAUCUCACACAGGGGAGACUCUGCCUUUAGCCACCUCCAACCAAAUCCUGAUCAGGUUCAGUGCCAAGAGUGGCGCAUCGGCGCGAGGCUUCCACUUCGUCUACCAGGCCGUCCCCCGGACCAGUGACACGCAGUGCAGCUCGGUGCCCGAGCCCCGGUACGGCCGGCGCAUCGGCUCUGAGUUCUCGGCGGGCUCGGUGGUGCGCUUCGAAUGCAGUCCCGGCUACCUACUGCAAGGCUCACGGGCCAUCAGGUGUCACGCCGUUCCCAAUGCACUGGCCCAGUGGAACGACUCCAUGCCAUCUUGUGUGGUGCCCUGCAGUGGGAAUCUCACGGAGAGGAGGGGCACCAUCUUGUCCCCGGGGUACCCUGAGCCCUAUGGGAACAGCUUGAACUGCAUGUGGAAGAUCACCGUAAAUGAGGGAGCGGGCAUCCAGAUCCAGGUUAUUAGCUUUGCCACUGAACACAACUGGGAUUCCUUGGAGAUUUAUGACGGUGGGGACUUGACAGCGCCCAAGCUUGGCAGCUUCUCGGGGACGACGGCGCCUGCCCUGCUGAACAGCACCUCCAAUCAGCUGUGCCUUCACUUCCACUCGGAUAUCAGCGUGUCGGCCGCUGGCUUCUACCUCGAGUACAAGACUGUGGGGCUCACCACCUGUCCUGAGCCUUUGGUGCCCAGCAAUGGAGUCAAGUCCGGCGACCGCUACAUGGUGAACGACGUGGUGUCCUUCAGCUGCGAGCCGGGAUACGUGUUACAGGGCCACUCCCACAUCUCCUGUAUGCCUGGAACGGUUCGGCGCUGGAAUUACCCGCCUCCUCUCUGCAUCGCGAAGUGCGGUGGCACCCUGGUGAGUGUCAGCGGAGUCAUCCUCAGCCCUGGAUUUCCCGGGAAUUACCCCAGCAACCUGGACUGCACAUGGAGGAUCCUGCUGCCCAUAGGCUACGGUGCUCACAUUCAGUUCCUGAACUUCUCCUCUGAAGCCAACCACGACUUCCUGGAAAUCCGCAAUGGGCCACACCCCAGCAGCUCUGUGAUUGGUCAGUUCAGUGGCUCCGACCUGCCCCCCUCCUUACUGAGUACAACCCACGAAACGGUGAUCCACUUUUACAGCGACCACUCGGAGAACAGACAGGGGUUCAAGCUGAUCUAUCAAGCCUAUGAGCUACAGAACUGUCCGGACCCCAAUCCCUUCCCCAACGGUUACGUCGUCAACUCGGACUUCAACGUGGGCCAGUCCAUCUCGUUUGAGUGCUACCCGGGGUAUGUGCUGCUCGGGCACCCGGUCCUCACGUGCCAACACGGCGUCAACCGCAAGUGGAAUCAUCCUGUGCCCAAAUGUGAAGCGCCCUGUGGAUUUAACAUCUCUGCCCGCAACGGCACCAUCUACUCGCCGGGAUUUCCUAACGAGUACCCCAACUCCAAGGACUGCACCUGGCAGAUCAGCGUACCCCACGGUCACGGGGUUUACAUCAACUUCACGCUGCUGCAGACCGAGCCGGUCAACGACUACAUCGCCGUGUGGGAUGGCCCGGACCAGACGUACCCACAGCUGGGGGUCUUCAGCGGGAACACGGCCCUGGAGACGGCGUACAGCUCCUCCAAUCAGGUGCUCAUCAAGUUCCACAGCGACUUUUCGACAGGUGGGCUCUUCGUCCUUAAUUUUCACGCUUAUCGUCUUAAAAAGUGUCAGGCGCCAGCAGCCGUCCCGCAGGCUGACAUCUUCGCCGAGGACGAUGACUAUGAAAUCGGGGACGUGGUGAAGUAUCAGUGCCAUCCAGGGUUUACUCUAGUGGGUACCGACCAGAUCACAUGCCAGCUGGGCUCACAUUUACAGUUUGAAGGGCUGGCACCAUCUUGUGAAGCUCAGUGUCCCGCCAAUGAAGUCCGCAUGGAGUCCUCCGGCGUCAUCCUCAGCCCCAACUACCCGGGUGCCUACCUGAACUCUCAGACCUGCUCCUGGACGGUGAGGGUACAGCCGGGGCACAACGUCUCCGUUUACGUGGAGAUGUUCCAAAGCGAGAAGCAGUUUGACGAGCUGGAGAUCUUUGAUGGUCCCUCCGGCCAAAGCCCGCUGUUGGUUGCCCUGAGCGGAAAUCACACGGCGCAACUGAACUUCACCAGCAAGACCAACCAGCUGUUCCUGCGGUGGUCCACAGACCACGCGACCAGCAAGAAAGGCUUCAAGAUCCGCUAUUCUGCCGCGUACUGCAGUGUGAAUGGUGACGUCAAGAAUGGCGGAGUGCUGAACAAAACCGGGGGUCUGCCGGGCAGCAGGGUGUCUUACUUCUGCAACGCGGGGUACAGGAUGGUGGGAAGGAGCAACGCCACCUGCAGACUCCACAGCAACGGGCUGUACGGCUGGGACGCCGCCGCGCCGCUCUGCCAAGCCAUAUCCUGUGGCAUUCCUGAGCCUUUAGGCAAUGGCACCUUCUAUGGCAAUCAAUACACCGUGGGCAGCAGGGUUCAGUACCAGUGUGACGAAGGCUACCACCUGGCUGGGGGUGAUUCGGCCACUGUGGUGUGCCAGGAAGAUGGCAUCUGGAGUAACAAAGGGCACCCACUGCGCUGCACACCGGUCCGCUGCCCCAGUAUUGAGAGCACCCUGAUGGAGCACCUGGUCUGGCAUCUGACAUUCGGGGCACCAAAUGAGUUUGGAGCUCAGCUGCUGCUCAGCUGCAGUCCUGGAUAUUUCCUCGAAGGUCGCCGGAUUACAAAAUGUCUACCGAAUGGGACGUGGAGUGCGGGCGAAGGGAAGCCCACUUGCAAAGUCACCUCCUGUGGGGACCUUCCUUCUCCACCAAACGGUAACAAGAUUGGGACCUUAACCACCUAUGGGGCCACGGCCAUCUUUACCUGCAACACCGGAUACACCCUGGUGGGCUCACAUGUUCGGGAAUGUCAGGCCAACGGACUGUGGACUGGAGUGGAGACCCGAUGUCUGGCAGGUCACUGUGGCUCUCCUGACCCGAUUCUCAAUGGCCACAUCAGCGGUGACGGAUUCAGCUACCGUGACACGGUGGUCUAUCAGUGUAACCUGGGCUUCAGGCUGGUGGGCACCUCAGUCCGCAUCUGUCAGCAGGACCACCGGUGGUCGGGCCAGGCGCCGGUCUGCGUCCCCAUAACCUGUGGUCACCCUGGCAAUCCUGCACAUGGCAAGACCAACGGCAGUGAGUUCAACCUAAAUGACAUCGUGAACUUCACGUGCAGCACGGGCUACAUGUUACAUGGCGCAGCGAGAGCCCAGUGCAGAGCGAGUGGACAGUGGAGCAACCCACUACCAGCCUGCCGAGUGGUCAACUGCUCGGACCCCGGGUUUGUGGAAAACGCCAUCCGGCACGGCCAGCAGAACUACCCGGAGAGCUUCAACUACAGGGUCAGCGUGACGUACCACUGCAAGCGCGGCUUCUACCUGCUCGGCUCAUCGGUGCUGACGUGCCAGGCCAACGGCUUCUGGGACCGCUCGCUACCAAAGUGCCUUCCUAUUUCUUGCGGUCAUCCCGGGACGCCUCAGAAUGCCAUCCUGACUGGCAGUAAAUUCACCUACGCCGCCCUGGUCCACUUUUCCUGUGGUGGAGGCAGAAUUCUUCUUGGCAAUGCCACGCGGACCUGCCAAGAAGACGGCCGAUGGAGCGGCUCUCUGCCCGAAUGUUCAGGGGGCAGCGCCGGCCUGUGCAGUGACCCCGGAGUCCCAGCCCACGGAUCCCGACUUGGAGACGAGUUUCGCUCCAAAAGCCUCGUGCGGUUCUCCUGUGAGGCGGGCUACGUUUUGAAAGGGUCCAUGGAGAGGACCUGCCUGCUGAACGGCUCGUGGAGUGGGAUUCCACCGCUGUGUGAAGCUGUAUCCUGCGGGAACCCUGGCACUCCAGCCUAUGGCAAGAUCACCUACAGCGAUGGCAUCCUCUUCUCUAAUUCCGUCACCUACACCUGCUGGGAUGGCUACAAAACAUCUGGGCUGACCACUCGACACUGCACGGCCAAUGGCACUUGGACUGGCAGCACGCCGGACUGCUCAGUCAUCAGCUGUGGAGAUCCUGGCACGAUAGCCAAUGGAGUCCAGAUGGGAAGCAACUUUGCGUUUAACAAGACAGUCCUUUACCAGUGUAACCCCGGGUACAGCAUGGAACCCCCCGCCUCCUUCGCUUUACUGUGCACCAAAGAUGGAACCUGGAACCAGACCAAGCCCGUCUGCAAAGCCAUCACGUGCGGACCCCCACCCAUGGUGCUGAACGGAAGACUGCAGGGGUCGGACUAUCAGUGGGGCUCCAGCAUCAGCUACAGCUGCUAUGAGGGCUACCAGAUCUCGGUGCCCGCCGUGCUCACCUGUGAAGGCCAUGGCGUAUGGAGGGGGGAGCUGCCACAGUGUCUACCAAUCCUGUGCGGGGACCCUGGAAUGCCGGCCGAGGGCUAUCUGGAUGGCAAGGCCUUCACCUACAGGUCCGAGGUGUCCUUCCGCUGUCGAUCCCCGUUUGUCUUGGUGGGCUCCUCAAGGAGGGCCUGCCAGUCUGAUGGAAUGUGGAGUGGAGUCCAGCCCACCUGUGUUGAUCCUGCCUACAACAUGUGCACCGACCCUGGAACUCCGCACUACGGAUCACAGAAUCGCUCGCAAGGGUAUGAGAUUGGAAGCUCCAUUUUCUUUAAGUGCAGGAAGAGCUACCACAUCCUGGGAUCGACGACGCGCACCUGCCGCCACAACCUGACCUGGAGCGGAGUUCAGCCGGAAUGUGUCUCUCACGCCUGCAGACAGCCGGAGACCCCCACGCAUGUCGACGUCAAAGCUCUGGAUUUGCCCACUUUAGGCUACACUCUGAUCUACGCCUGCCAGCCUGGGUAUUUUCUGGCUGGGGGGUCCGAGCAUCGGACUUGCAAGGCAGAUGGCAAAUGGUCAGGAAAACCUCCAAUAUGCCAAGCGGGGCCAAAAAAUAACGGAAAAUCCAAAAGCCAUGAUGUGGACAUCCAGAAAAAUAAAUUCCGAGUCCCUGCAGAUGUCUUUUCGAUGAAUUCUGCCUGGAAAGGAACCUACGAGUACCUCAGCAAAAAGCAGCCGGCCACCAUCACGGUCACCUGGCUGAACGUCUCGACGAGUCAAGUCAACGCCUCACUGCUGGAGCACAGCGGGGUGCAGCUGCGACUGUCGGGCACCUAUAAGAAGGAGGAGAGUCACCUGCUCCUGAAAGUCCACCAGAUCCGAGGGCCCGUCGAGUUGUUUGUCAGCAAGUUCAAAAGUGACAGCUGGGCGCUGGAUGGUUAUGUCUCUGCUGAUUCUGAAAACGGCGGGUUUGUCUACCAAGGAGUCGUUCACGGCAAGGACUUUGGAAAAUUCCGACUCAUACGACAAGGUCUCGUGACGUCGGACACAGACUCGUCCAACCCGUACUAUGGCACCAACAGCAGCUCCGUGGCAGCCGCCAUCCUGGUGCCCUUCUUUGCUCUCAUUCUGUCAGGUUUUGCCUUUUACCUCUACAAACACAGGACAAGACCCAAAGUGCAGUACAACGGCUACGCCGGGCACGAGAACACCAACGGGCAGGCGUCCUUCGAGAACCCGAUGUACGACACGAACAUGAAGCCGACGGAAGCCAAGGCGGUGCGCUUCGACACGACCCUGAACACGGUGUGCACCGUCGUAUAGCCUUUACUGUCAGUCUCGACUGAUCUAUAGCCAUACCUCUUGGGUACGCAGUAACGUCUUGGUGCCAUGUGCCAACCUCCUGGGUGACUAUGCUUUGCUACUGUACUCUUUAUAACAAUCCUGUCAGGAAAAUCGAAAAAGAAACAAAGACACAACAGCAAAAGGAAGCCGAGUCCUCGAGGCGACGAGGAAAACCAAGGCGGACUUUCAUCGGCGAGCGAGAUGCACCUCCGGAUGGACGUUUUGUCAUUCGGGCCACGUCGGAGAUUUCGAUGCCAGUCAGGUUUUUGACGAGUUGCUAAAAGCCUCCUCACUGUUGGCGGCAGAGGCGGAACGAGAGACGCGGAGCGAGAGACGAAGGAGCGGCUCUCUCGACGUCCACUGCCAGGCGCUGUGCCACCGGGGGGCGUCUUAUCAGCAGUUGUGUUCCAAACUUGAAUGCACAAUUCUUGCACUAGUAUGUCACGAACGAGUCCGACAAUGAAACACAAACAAAGCAUCCAAGCGCCAGGGUUUCGAUCCUUGUAAAUACGCGCCGAGGUCACCGCACUGUCUUCACGUCUCCAUCGGGCAGUCGAAGUUUACAUCCGAGGCCGCGCCACGCGCCUGUCGUAACGUCACAAUCGUUUCACGGUUUCCACUUAACUGCUAUCACGUCGUUGCCAUCGGUUUUCUUUUGUCCCAUAAACUUUAUUUUUUUACCUUUAACCCAAAAAGCAGAUAUGUAGUAUAUUCUUUAUUUUCAUAAAUUUUGCACUUAUUGAAGAACAAACAAAAAAAAAAAAGCUGUGAAGAAAUGUGUUUGUGAC